CCAGCUGCCCGUUCGCCGCCGCCAAUAAUGUCUGACUCCGACGACGACCAAUCUCCGGCGCUUGCGCAACUCUCCGACGAAGACGAAGACCCCGAAGAAGUCGAGCAAGUUGACCAGGAACUCGAGGAACAGAGGGAUGAAGUUGACAUGGAUAUAUCAAAUUCGCCGAUUCAAGUUCAUCAUAGAGAUGAGAGACGAGAAGAUAUUAAGUAUGAGGGACUUGGCGGGCAAUGGGGACCAGGCUCUUCUACUUGGGGGAAAGCUGAAGCAAGGCCACCAUCUAACAUACUUGAUAUGGCAGAGAGUACGAGUAAUUUCAAUUUUGCGGGUACUUCAAAUGCGGCAUUGCGCUUGAAGCCUCAGAAAACUUUUGCUGGUGCUAGAAAUGAUGCUAGGAUUCUUUCAGGAAAGAAAACCUCUACACACCAUACCGAAUCACAAGAUCAUGUCAAGAAUGGUAUCAAUUCAAAAGAUGAGAUGCAACAAGUGGUUCAGUCCACGAACGAUGGAAAGCAAAUGGAAUCGAGGUUUUCCAGAUCAGCUGCUUCUGAGAGAGGGACACAUAUAAUGUCUCCUGAGACUAAUGAUCCAAACAAACGCCCAGCAAUUGUCUGCGACUUUUAUGCAAAAGGUUGGUGCAUUAGAGGUACUUCAUGUAGGUUCAUCCAUACAAAAGAUAGUCCAAACAAUAGUCAUCCACAACCUGAGGGAGAUGCUGCUGCUGCAAGUUGCAGUAAAGAAGUGAAGGUUGAUGAAGGUCUAAGAGUCAUUCCUGAGAGAUCAAGAUUGCCUGGUUUUCAUGACCCACUGGCUUCUUCCAGUGGAUAUAGUUUUCCACUUCCCUCGCAUCUAGGAGUCCCCGGACACCAUCAGCUUCAAUCAGUUCAAUAUGAGGAGCCAAAUGUGGGUGAUUCUGCUGAUGUGCAGAAAUUACACUUGCACAAAGAUGAUCUAGUAUUUCUCACCUCCUAUAAGGAUGUAGGGAAGGAUGAUCAGAUACGAAAUCGUCCUACUGAUAAAUACAAUAAUUCCCCUAAUAAAAAAGGCAGGUACUCUACAGGAAACACCUCUUCUCAUUCAAGCAGUAUGGAAGAUCUAGCUGGAGUUUGGAGACAGCGUGUGCACGGUGAUCAUACUUCACCUCUUGUGAGCCAUUCCUUGAAUACAGGUUCAAAUACUCUUAUAGCUACUGGAUUGUUCCCAAGUAGCCGUAUUUCAAAUUGGACCGGAUUUUCAUUGCCCGCAAGUUAUUCCAAUUUAGAUGCACAUCCUGUGGGUUCUAGAAAGCUCUUAGACAGCAAUAGGGAUUAUCAUGCUUAUACUAGACCAUCAGCCUUUCUGAAAAGUUCUGAACUGAAUACCGUUUCACAGCACUCUGCUGAACUUAAAACAAAAAUUUCUUCAAACAAUUGGGAGCCAUCUGUACCUUUCCGACCAUCUUGUAUUCUUCCCUCUGCUUUUCUAUCAUUUUCAGCACAGCAGUAUGACCCUCUUCGUAGUAGAAUUGAGUUACCGAAGUUAGCAAACAACUCCUUUGAAGCUUCUUUCUACUCUGAAGGGGCAACUGCUGGGAAAAGGCUGCAUCAGAAGGUACUUCCAGAAACUGUCGGUGGGACUCGGCCCCCAGCUUGCGAUGCUGAUACAAACUCUAUGUCUUCUCAUAAUACAUAUCAGGAGAAGGUAUUAGAUAACAGCUGCUACACACGUGACCCUACUUCACCUGUAACUGAAACAGAGACAGUGGGGAUUUCUGUUGUCUACCAAAAUGGAACCUUGACUAAAGACGAGAAUCCAAUGGGCCACUCUCAAGUCAAAGGUAGUACAAAUCCAAACAAAAUCAGUAUCUGUGGUGAUUCUAGACAUCAAAGUGAUGGUUCUUCUAGUCACCAAAGGGACAUAAAAGUAGAUAAAUUUAGAGAAAAUAAUGAAGUGGAAGGUGAACAUUUAACAGAUGGGGAUGUACAACAAGAGUCAAAAGAAAUGAAGCAAUUCCGGGGUGCUCUUAUAGAAUUAGUGAAAGAGUUGUUAAAACCAAAAUGGCGUGAAGGUAGUCUCAGCAAGGAUGCACACAACAAGAUAGUUAAGAAAGCCGUAGACAAGAUUCUUAGUGCUUUUCAGCCCCAACAAAUUCCACCUACUCUAGAAGCAGUUACACAAUACCUGUCUGCUUGCCGUCCAAAAAUAUCAAAGCUUGUUGAGGGAUAUAUUGAGAGAUAUGGCAAGUCCUGAGAUGUUAGGCCAAGUGCGUUUUCUUUUGCACAGUUUCAUACUCAUUUUACUAACUGGAGGUGAUGGACAGUUUGUUAAAGAUCCCAUAUUUUUUUCUUUUUGUUUAAACAUAUGUAGAAUUGAGUUAUUGUGGAAAGUUAGUUUUCUUAGAUGUAUUGCUGAUAGAUUAGCUCUGUUACUAUUCAUAUCAUCGAUCCUGUGGUUAAAUGUAGUUCUGACUAGUUGUGUGGUGUAACCAAAGUUAUGUAUUGUUUCUUUUUUAUGCAAGGAAG